AUGGCCAGCCAAGACGAAGCCAGACCACCAUUCCCGCCCUUCACCGAAGAAACGGCGAGGACCAAGGUGAAGGCGGCUCAGGAUGGAUGGAACUCAAAGAACCCCGCAAAAUUGAAGAUGGCUUAUACGCCCGACUCAAUCUGGCGCAACAGGGACACAUUUCUCCAAGGUCGGGAUGAGAUCGAGCAAUGGCUCACCAAGAAGUGGGAGAGGGAGAAUGGCUACCGGCUUCGCAAGGAGUUAUUCGCCUUUACCGACAACAAAAUUGCUGUCCAAUUCUGGUAUGAAUGGCAUGAUGAGUCGGGUCAGUGGUGGCGGACGUAUGGCCUCGAGGAUUGGACCUUUGCUGAGAACGGGCUCAUGCGCAAGAGACAGAUGAGUGGGAACGAUGUCAAGAUUGAAGAGACGCAGAGGUGGUUUCGGCACGGCGUCGAUGUGAAUGCCGUUGACAUCUCUGAGCGGCACUGGUAG